AUGGAACAAAAUAACGAUGCUAAGAAUCAAAAUAAUUCUGAAUACACAAAACUCCUUAAUAGGAUGUAUUCUCAACAGUCUGCAGAGAAUACGAACGCAUAUAGUUCACAACCACUAACAGUAUCUGAGUCGAACAUUCAGCCUGACAACAAAAUUCUUCAACAGAGUAGUAUUCUAACCACGCAAACUAGUUCAUGUGUCAUGGCUGGAUCUCAAAGUCAACCUGCAAGUUCCAAUACCUUAGUAUUUAGUCAAGUAUAUCAAGAAUAUAUUUCUGCUUCACAGAUGCCUAAUGGCAUGCAAAUACCAUCACAGCAACAAAAUGUUAUGCAAACUGCGCAAAACUCUCCAUAUUUUAAGGCUAAUCUACUUCAUAAUGACAAUUCACAAAGGAACGUUAGUUGGGGUCACAUUGAAAACAAUCUACCAAAGUUAAGCAAUAUUCAAUCAAGUAUAACAAGUACACCAAAGAAUUCUAACGCUUACACAAAAGCGGUCGAAUUACCAGAAAGGAUGCCCGAGAAAACUCGUUUUCGUGUAGCAGAGUUUGUUACAGAUCAUCUUGAUUCGGUUCCUGGCGAAGAAAGGUUUUAUAAUAAUUUGUCGACAAAGUUACAGGAAAAGUUUUAUGCACAAAAAAUCAAUCGUAUGAGUUCGACCAAUAACGUGUCCCGUGAUAACGUGUCGAAAGUUAUGGCACGUGAGAUAAUAGGAAUAAAUGAGAAUGUUAAUUGGAUUGCAGAAAGGGAUCACAUUUUGAAAAAAUAUCCGCAUAAAUUGAUGAGAAAGAAACCAAGAUCCCGGGCGCCUCGCAAACACAGUACUGAUGGUUAUCUAUCUUCAGAUAUCGAAUAUAUCUAA